GCGCAACUAGUUUGGUUUAGUCUGGCACGGCAGGAACUCCGAGGCUACAGAUGCUUCGAAGCUGGGUUAAUUCAGCUUAAAAACCUAGUCAAAUUACCAUGCAGACAGGAGGAGAAAUCCCUCUGUGUUCACCGCAGAGCAACUGAAGACCGUGGAGCUCUUUGCUCAUGACAGCAGGACUGGAGAUGCGAGCGUCGCUCUCGUGGGCUCUGUCUUCAGGGCGAGAUAGCUAGACUUUUCUAAUCUUAUCUGUAAGACGCUUGUUUUUCUUCCACCAAAGAGCUGCGAGUGGGAUUUCCUUCGUCAGAUUAGACUUUUCUCCAGCUCGCUUCUAAUCAUGGAGAUGCACACGGACGUCUUACUAGUGACUGCAAACGUUGGAUCACUGUUUGACAAUGUGGGUGAGAUUGAAGGAGACUGGCUGCGAGAGUUCUUCACGACGGUGCACAUGUAUAAGCCACGAUUCAUCGCCCUGCACUUUCAGGAAGUUGGUGGAAAGGACUAUAUGGUGAACAUGGGCCACGCAGAGAACUUUUUCAGGUCCAUAGAGUCCUGCUCUGAGAUGGCCGACUUCGACAGAGUCUGUGUAUAUGUAGACAGUCAUUUCAAGGCUGUUGACAGUUUCACGGCUCUGGGAAGCAUGUAUUUCAUCCACAAGUCACUGAAAAAUAUCCAACAAUAUGACUUCAAUGUGAACGAGUUUAAAGCCGUCUCAGGCCAUAACAAGUACGUGGGUUCGCUGGAAGGAGUGGCUUCCAUGGAAAAAGAGAAAUUCCCUAAGAACUUUUGGCCUGAUUUCAAGUGGUCCAGAAAAGGCUACAUGAGGACACGAUGGCUCAUUCACAACCAGGGUUUAGACCUGGUGAACGUUCACCUGUUUCACGACGCCUCCAACCUCAUAGCCUGCAACUCUAGUCCGUCAGUGUAUUCGGCAAACCGCAAGAAAGCGCUCAGAUACGUCAUCAACAGGAUAUCAGAUAGCAGCUACAGUCCUCUCCCCUUCUUCUUGUUUGGGGAUUUCAACUUCCGCCUUGACACACUCAGUCUAGUACAGAACCUCUCCAUGUCGGCUGAUAUCCAGACGGUAAAAAAAGACUGCAGCAACGAGGUAGAAAAAAUCAUUUGUGAAGAGAAGGACAAUGACCAUAAGGUCCUCCUUCACAUAGAGACCAAGUUAUUUGCUUACUUGCACCAGGCCGUGUUCAGAGAAAACAACGGAAAAGAGCUGCUGAAGUACGAUAAGGAGAUCUCGGCAUUCCUCGACGUCAUCACAGAGGAGGAGAUCCACUUUCCUCCCAGUUAUCCAUACAGUGAAGACUACACUAAACCUACACAGUACAUGAACACGCGAUGCCCAGCAUGGUGCGACCGCAUCCUAAUGUCCCACAGCGCCAGAGACAUCAUCCACCGGAGGCAGGAGGGUGAGAGUGGUGUUGUUUAUAACACACUGGGCUCCAACAUCUGCAUGGGAGACCACAAGCCGGUUUUCCUGUUUUUUCCAAUGAAGACAAUCACACAUUGACACACAAUACCGGUCGAGUCAAAGGGGCUUCCUGUGUUGUUGACGUGUAUCUAGCGGUUAUUCUGUGGACAUCUCUGCCGAUCAUGCCAGGGCUCUACAACAAGUACACACACACACACACCGAGACAUGCGCAGACCCCUACAACACCCACCGCACAGGACCCCCGAAACCUCCUGCCAAACUCAAGUGGGCACAAAACACAGGAACUGUUUAUUUCUGAAAGCUGUGUUCUCUGGUUUCACAAUGUACAUUUAACAAAGACUUCAAGUAUGUUCAGUGUGACUUCAGAAAUACCUGAACAAAGAAAAAUAGGACACAAUCAAGAAAGACAGACAGAGAGAAAGAACACAAAGGCACUUCUCAAAGCUCUCAACUCCUCACUUUUAUGUUAACACUUUGCAUAGAGUAUGUAAUGUAUGUACGUGGAUUACAAUGGCAAAGCUUUAAAAUUACAACUUCAUUCGUUUGCUUUUACAGUACUCAUUGUAAGGAUGUGAAUACAAGUACAAGUAUGCAAAAAAAGUAGCACAUCAUAUCCAAACGCAGGCUGCUGCGUCACACAUGCAUUGGUUUCUAUUUCAAUCCGGAAUCUGGAAUUGCUUUGCAUUGCAGUUCAUCGGAUGCGUUUCAUAUGGUGUAGGGAUCGUUCUGGUAAAACACUGUUCAGCUAGUUGCUUUUCAGUUCUUAUACUUCCUGCAUGUGUGAGUAUAGAUUCAUAAGCGCGUGUUUUUGCAUUUACACUGGCCUCAGCACUUAACGGCCGUCAGCUUCAGUCAUUGUCUCUGCGGGGUUGUUAGUCAGACUCUCGGAUCGAUAGAAUAUGUACAGGACAGCAAGGGACGAGUUAUAAAGCCAUUAGCAUCUGUGAAUUAUGGAAAUCCCACCCAGAGUGCCCUGGCCUGGAAGCCCCCCAGACUUUUAAUUAGAGCACUAGAGCAAUGCGAAUGCUAGUGUGGAGCGUGGCGUGUUUGUUGUUUUAAUUGCGUCGAAUCUUUGGGUAUCUGGUAUUGUUUAAUAAAGUUUAACAGCUCUGUAUAGUAUCUCAGUGGUGUUGGUCCAGCGUUAAAUCCGUUUGAAGCUAGUCAUAAUGACCAGUUUUCAUAUUUUGUGUGGUAAUAUGCUGGUUUGUAAAUUGCUUUAUUCAAUGCUUUAUGAAAUUACUUUAAAAUGUAAAUACGUAGCGCUUCUUAACUGUUAUUGAAUCACCUUGUUUGUUCAUUUAAAUUGUUGAGGAGAUGUUUAGAGUCACAGAUGCUCAGAAAAAAGGAUAGUUCACCCAAAAAUGAAAAUUCUGUCAGCAUUUACUCACCGUCGAGUUGUUCCA